AUCUCAUGCCCAACUCCUCAUAAGGACUCGCUCCAGUCCCUGAUUGGCUGACCGACCAAUUUCGCAAUACAUGACGCGUUUCCUGCCGUAAAGCAGAUUUCCACAAAAUUUAGGCACCGGUGGCAGAAGCUUAUUGCAAAGCCACUAAGUAACCUACGUAAACGCUGAUAGUCUGAUUUUACUGUGGCCGCUGCCCUGUGCAACCCACAUUAUUUUCAUAAUGAUAUAUUUAGGAGAAGAUGCUAUCUGUUGCCUCUUUAAAUGUUUGCUGAUAUGUCAGGAGCUGACAGGAUGUAGAACAGGAUCCAGACUGUCUCCAAGCAGUACAAUGCUGAUGAAAAGCUCUGUUACACUUCAUGUGAGGUCUGAUGUAGGACUCCGAAACCACAUGAUACCAAAUAAAUUUUACCUUAGUGGUGACAAAUUGGUGAAACAUUUCUUCAUGGUCAAACAGGAAAAAUCCUCUGUGUACCCAAACAACUGAAAUUGUUGUUUGACUGCAGGAAACAUCGGCAAUUAAAACUAAUUCAUGUAAGGCUUAGCUGGUGGUUUACACUUUGUAAUGGUAUAAUCAACCUCAUUCACAUGUCAGCAUAAUUUAGGUGAGCUUAAAGCGUGCAGUAAGCCCACAUAGUAAACACACACACACACACACACACACACACACACACAGAGGUUCACCCAAUAUCAACCUGUGGAUAAACAAGUCUUGACUGGAAGAGCGUAAUUCUAAGUUGAUGAAAUCUUCCCACACAUGCCGAUGUAUUUACAGGAAACAACGCACACUGACUCACGCAAACUUAGUGGCAAAGGCAGAGGGUCCCUCCUCCUGCAGCACAGAGUGUGGGUGGAGUAAAACUCUUGGGAAGACUAGAUCCCCACAUGCCUCAAAUUCCCCUCACAUUUGUUUUGAGCCAUACCGGGACAGAGGCUCUUUGACUUCCCAGCCAUGCCUGCAGUGUGGAGAGUCCUGCUGUUCUGGAUUUGUGUCUGCAUCUGGCUUCCAGCUCAGGCCCGGGAAGCUCUGGUCGUUUCUCGCAGAGAUGCUCCGGCACAGGAGACCCAACCAGCUAUGGGCCCCAGGUCAAUAAAGAAGAGAAGCACAAACUCUGCAGAUAUGGUGGAGGUGUACAGUGUGAAAGUGGACUGCACUGUGACGUCUCGUUUUGCCCACACCGUCAUGACCUCCAAGGCUUUGAACAAAGCAAACUUCUCCAAGGAAAUCUUCUUUGAAGUGGAGCUGCCCAAGACCGCCUUCAUCACCAACUUUAGCAUGGAAAUUGAUGGUCAGGUGUAUGUUGGGGAGGUGAAGGAGAAAGAGAAAGCUAAGAAACAGUAUGAGAAGGCUGUUUCCUCUGGACAGACUGCUGGACUGGUCAAGGCAUCUGGAAGGAAGAUGGAGAAGUUUUCAGUGUCUGUCAACAUUGCAGCCAAAAGCAACGUGACUUUCAUUCUGACCUACGAGGAGCUCCUUCGGAGGAAACUGGGCCAGUAUGAGAUUCUGACCCGAGUUAAUCCCCAGCAACCGGUGCAGGAGUUUCAGAUUGUGGCAAACAUCUAUGAGCCUGAGGGUAUUGCUUUUGUUGAGGCCACUGCAACUUUCCUCUCCAAUGAGCUUCUCCCCCUGGUGGAGAAAACCGUCACAGAUACAAAGGCACACAUCUCUUUUUCACCAACACUGGAGCAGCAGAGGAAAUGCCCAGGAUGUGAAAGCACCAUAAUUGGUGGAGAUUUCAUCAUCAAGUACGAUGUGAACCGAAAAAAGAACCUAGGGGAAGUUCAGAUUGUGAACGGAUACUUUGUGCAUUUUUUUGCUCCACCUGAUCUGGGCAGAGUCCCAAAGAACGUGGUGUUUGUGAUUGACAGGAGCGGAUCAAUGAGUGGAAGAAAGAUUGAACAGACCCGGGAUGCACUGGUCGCCAUUCUGAAAGACCUCCACGAGGAGGACCACUUUGCUUUCAUCUUGUUUGAUAAUGACAUUAUCACCUGGAAGGAUUCUCUCACCAAAGCAACAAAGGGAAAUGUGACUGCAGCCAUCGCCUACAUCAAGAAACUAAGAGACAGUGGAUCCACCAAUAUCAAUGACGCUGUACUGAGGGCAGUGAGCAUGCUGCGGGGAGAAAGAGAAAGGAAGAACCUUCCGGAGAGGAGUGCGGAUAUGAUCAUUUUACUGACUGAUGGGAUGCCAAACAGUGGGGAGUCCAACCUCCAAAAGAUUCAGAUGAAUGCACGCUCUGCUAUUGGGGGGAAGAUGACAAUGUUCUGUCUUGGAUUUGGGAAUGAUGUGGAUUACUCCUUCCUGGAUGUGAUGGCCAGACAAAACAAAGGGCUGGCCCGCAGGAUUUUUGAGGGUUCGGAUGCAGCUGUUCAACUUCAGGGUUUCUAUGAGGAGGUGUCCAGCCCUCUGCUCCUGGAGGUGGACCUGCGUUAUCCCGACAAUGCUGUAGUCCUCUUGACCAAAAACCACUACAGCCAUUUUUUUAACGGCUCAGAGAUCGUAGUGGCCGGUCGGCUGAUGGACAAUGCCCUGGACAAUUUCAUGGUGGAAGUGUUCGGCCAGGGGCCUAAAGAGGACUUCCAGGUGCAGGGAAAUGCCGAUGCAGUAAACCUGGACGUGAUCUACCCAGGACAGGAGUACAUCUUUGGGAAUUUCUCAGAGCGUCUGUGGGCCUACCUCACUAUCCAGCAGCUACUGGAGAACAGUGAAAUCGGUACUCAGCAGGAGAAAGACAACGCCACAGCCAAGGCCCUGGAGAUAUCCCUGCGAUAUAACUUUGUCACCCCUCUCACCUCUAUGGUGGUCACAAAACCUGAAACAGAGGACGGAACAGACAGCCCUCUCAUCGCUGAUAAACUGACUGAGGACCAGCGUCAGAAAGAAGAGAGACACGGUGGAAGUACCAUUCAUUCCAAAUCAUCAUGGCAAGGCAGUUCCCAUCAUGUCAGUUCCAGUGGUAGCGGUGCCCGUGGUAGCAGUUCCCGUGGCAGCAGUUCUCGUAGCCAAUCAGAUGUGGACGGAGAUCCUCAUUUCAUGAUAGAACUGCCAGACAGAAACGACGCUCUGUGCUUCAACAUCAACGAUAAACCAGGAACCGUUUUCAACCUGGUGAGGGACCCAAAAUCAGGCUUUGUGGUGAACGGCGAAAUUAUUGGGAAAAAGAAAGUAGUUCCAGACGGUAACAUCAACACCUACUUUGGCCGUUUUGGUAUCAUCCACCAGAAGCUGGGGGUGAGGCUGGAGGUGAGCACUCAGGACAUCUCAGUCUUCCACAAUGGCAGGCAGGUCAAGCUGCUGUGGUCUGAUGCAGCCUCUAUCAAAGAAACCAACAUGGACUUGAAGUUGACUAAGAACUGCAGCCUGACAGUGACGCUGAGGCACUCGGUUAAAUUUACAGUCAUUAAACACACAAAGGUUUGGAAGAGACGCCACGACCAACAAGACUACCUGGGUUUCUACACCCUGGACAGCCGCCACUUGUCUGCUUCAGUUCAUGGUCUGCUAGGUCAGUUCUACCAUGGCGUCGGGUUUGAGGUGAUAGACCUUCGUCCAGGUGUGGUCCAGGAGAAAUUAGACGCAACCAUGUAUGUGAAGGGACAAAUACUCAACGUGACCAGGCACUGGCAGAAGGAUUUCAGCAGGGAUGUGAAGAAUGGGGAAAGUAUUCCCUGCUGGUUUGUUGACAAUGAAGGGAAAGGCCUCAUCGACGGAAGAGCCUCAGACUACGUUGUGUCGGGGCUUUUUAUGUCUACUUUUUAAAUUCUGAAAAUGCAAAACCUCAGUAGCAGUGCACUGGGGCCACAUUACUAUGGUGAGAGAUCGCAGAUUAUAGAGAGUCACAAUGUGUCUUCAUUCAAACAUUACACACAUACUGAAACAAACACUAUAUACAUUUUUAUAUAUCUGCAACACAGAAUAUCAAUUUAUGAUUUCAAAACUCACAACUGGACAUUACUUAGUAAAAUGACAGUGUUAUUGACAGUAUGUGAGACUAGUAAAAGUUGGAAUGCAGGUUAAAGUGUGUUUUAAAUAGUCUGGAUAGAUUUACUGACCACAUAAAUAGUAUGGUUGGUAAAGCUUUCUAAGUUUACGCUGUCUUACAAUUAUAUAUUCUUCUAUGCUGCAUACUCCACACACCAAAUUAACUUCUUUUCAUUUCUUUGCACUCAAACUAAUAUUUUGCUGUAAAAAUAUUUGCCUCCUGUCAGUGAAGGAUUUACACUGGAUAUACCUCAUUAAUAAAGGAAUACUUAACCCCCAAGUCUGGUGUUGAAGAGAGCAGGGGUAACUUUCACUUUCAGUUCAGUUUUAAUCAAAAAUUUUCUCAGUUUUCGGAUUCUUUGUUCAGCGGAAGCAUGUGAGAAAUACAACGUUUUCUUAACAAUUUUUAAAAACUAGCUUAAUUGAUGCAUAAAUUAUUGGGGGCAGAAGUAUUCCUUUAAGGCAUUUUGGGGUGUUAAAAUUUGAUGUAUUCGGACUUUGGGUUCACUUUAAGGUAAGAUGGGUGUGACCCUGGCCACAACUGUACCAAUUAUGUCUUGCCUCACACUAUGCUUUGUCAUCACUUUGAUUCACAAAAUUACUGCCCCUUCACCUCCUCAAGAAGAGGUGAACAAUAACCAGUUGGCAUAUACGGACUGUGCAACAAAAAGAGGGAACCUCUACACUGGUGUGUGUGCAAAAACCCACCCACAUACUGUAGGUCCUUGACUCUCACUAGGGCUCUAACUGGGCUCUGACUGGGAGACAAAAAUCAUCCUGUGGAUGUGCUUCUUGUGAUUUUAUUAAUAAAGAAAUGCACACUGAUUAAAU